AUGGCUACGGGCAGUUUCGAUCUAGCUAAUGUAAAAGCUCUGCUUUCAUCCGGUAAUCCUAUCAUACAAAGCAAUGGACUGACAUGCCUACUAUCUCGCCUGAGACUUCCGUUCCCCAAUGCCAAGGAAAAAGUCUCGGCUUCUUCUCUAUUUUUUGAUGGAUUCACUAAGUACGGAGAUGCUGUAGCACAGUGGCACGUAGUGGCUAAUCUGUUGAGCCAUUGUGCAGAACUCUCUCAUCGCGAAUUACAGUCUCUGGAGGUUUCAAAUGAAGACGUGUUUCUCAUCGCAGAUAACGUACUAGUGAAUCCACUUCUUGUGAUGAAUGAGUUGUUCCCUGCAUGUCACGUCCUACUUCCUGCACUACUUUCUCUCUAUUCAAGUAGGUCCGAACUAGCUAAAUCGUUCCCAAGUCUUAUUCCAAGUGAGCAGUUAUCAAAGCAUGGUGAGGAACGUGAUAUUGCGUUCAGUCUUAUCCAGGAUUUAGUGACUAAGUUUCCUACAACAUUUGAUGCUGUGAAAAACCUUGCUAUUCCUGGAGAGUCAGACUGCCUUGAUUUGCUAAAAGUGAAGUUAAGGCUUAUGUCAACACUCUGUGUCUCAACCGAUCGAUCUGACGAACUUCUUCCAUCACUUACAAGGCUUUUGAAAAAGAGCGCUGAAGUGGUCGGUGCUGCUGUGUCCGUUGUCAUCAUACUUUGUAAAGAAGAGAUUCUUGAUAUAAACAGCGUUCGGAAACAACUGAGUGUCAUGGUUCGGCAGCCAGGAUUUGAAGUGGCUCUCAUGGGAUAUUGCGAGAUUCUUGCAGUAGCUGCGCAGUCCGGGAAAUGUGAUGAUAAUAUUUCUGUGGAGUAUGUGCAAGAGUUAUGGGAAAUCACACAACUUCGAAAGGGCACUUCGGAUGGCGAAGACGCACGACGACGGGCCUGGACUGCACUUGGAUCUUUUGACUUCGAUUUAUUGAAAAGCGCAAUCCCUAUAUCCGGACGUCACCUUGUCGGUCAAUUUUUGGGAUUGCGUCAGACUGAAAGGAAAGGAUUCGCAAUUUUUCUGCAUAAAAUAGUUUCCGCCGAAGUAGAGUCACUCUCUCGUUCUCUAUACACUAAAUCCCAUAUCCAUAAAACGUUACUCGCACCCCUCGUAUGUAAUCUUCAUAAUUCUCUUGGCGGAACAAAUCAAGAGGCGCCUUGGUUUUGGUUGGCAACCCUACCGCUCUUUUCGGUAAUCGUCAACGAAUAUUCCGAAAGUGAAAUGAAACUGAAGAAAAUCUUUAGUAAAUUAUUUCUACAGGUUCCUUUAGUUGAAAACAAGUUAGUGAAUUUAUUCGCGGGUUGGAGGAUUUGCAUUUCAACAUUUCUCAAUAUGGAGACCAAAGGCGACGAUCUCCUAAGAUGUCGAGAUAAAAUAAUUGAGGAGUGCAAACGGUCUCUUAAAGAGAAUGAACUAGCUGUUAACAACGUCGUCGUUGUGAUUGCUGUGUUAGCUGGAGAAAUGCUGAGAGGUCGAACUGAGAAUUCUCGUUGUGUAAAUGUUCCUUUGGUGCGAUCAGCUGUAUGGAUGAUAUGUUCGUUGAUUUCGAACGAGAUUAAAAAUUUCUACGAGGAUGUGGAAUUCAAUUCUAUUUUGAAAUGGCGUUUAGGAAUUGAGGAGAAGCCGUAUGAAAACUUGCAUAAUUUCUUGGCAGGAGAAGAAUUUAGUGCGGAGAUAUCACUGUCAAGGUCAGCAUUAUGGCUGCUAGCUGCUGCUUUAGGUGUUGAGGAGCUUGUCGCAAAUUCAGUGAGUUAUUCCAUUCCGUCUGAUAAUUCAGCGGAAGAGAACAUGGCGCUCUUCUGCAGUAAAAACACCAUCGAGCCUGACGAUAUCUCGAAAGUUCUUCCACAGAUUUCUAAUGUUACGCUUAGUGUGUUCUGGAAAUAUGAAAGGAAUUUUAAAAAGCGGCUUGAACAGUUUUCUCUCAACGGUGGGGAAGAGUCGAAGCGUGUAGUAUAUGAAGGUCUGUCUCAUCUGUCUUCCAUUUCGCUGUUGACCAAAUCUAUCGACUUGCCUUCUGAUUACUCUCAUCUUCGCGAUGACAGUGUUCUGCGUGCUGUAAUUGAACAGUUCUGUGCAAAGUCUGCGUGCCAAAGAGCCAUCCUCCAUGAUUUGCUGCCAGUGCUCGUCGAUCAUGUGCGAAGUGACGGACGUCAUCUUCCACCGCUUGAUUUAAAGAUCGUCUUAUCGGCUAUAGACUACCGUAAUGAUGACGAAGCAUGUCUUAAUAUGCUCCGCCUUGCCAUCCAGGAAAUAGACCAACAGGUGAUGUAUGAGCUUACGGCACCUGGUUAUUUGGAUGGUUCAGCAAAUAUGUCUCCGUAUUUGCUUUUAAUUUCCCAGAAUCUACCGUUAUUUUUGUCGUUUUUACCAAAAAGUCGGGCUGUGAUGGUGUUAGAGCGCCUUCUUAAAUUCGCUAUUCAAGACGAUGACGUAGGGAAACAAAUACUGGCUGAUAUUGAUAAAUGUGGGCAACAACAGGAUACCCAAGGUUUGUUAUUUGCACGAUGGCGCUACCACUGGAAGAAACUUUCAAACAUUUGCCAGUUCUGUGAAUUUUUUGACAUGAUUGCUGAUUUUCUCUCUGCUUGCUUCCUUAUGGAUGGUCUUUCUGCCUCUGUAGUUAGUGCCGUUAAAGGUAUGAUGCUUUACAUUUCUACUUCACGACCUACGUUGAUCAGAGCUCUCAUGGAAGAUAAAAGUGAGAAAUGGGAAAAGCUGUUAACACUGUGA